AUGGCGUCGUCCGGCUGGGACUGUUUGUUCUGCCUGACCCCGGCCCUGCUGGUCCUGCUGCUGUCUCUGGCCCUCCGCCGGCCCGGAGCGCGCCGCUGGACCAGACUGGCCGCCGGGGCCGCCGGCCGGAGGCUGUGGGGGGUUUUCUGCCUGGUCACACGUCUGCCAACGCCCGGGGGCGAGGGGGAGCUGACCGAAGGUUCGGGUCGGGACCGGACGCCGGACCGACCCCGGCUGGUCUGCAAAGCCACGGCGCUGGCCAGACACCUGCUGCAGCACUGCCCCUCCAUGGCCGGGCCCGCUCUGGCCGCCUGGCCCUGGGGCGACCCCCACGUCCAGACCCUGGUCGCCCUGUUCUGCGGACAGCGCGGGGACGGCGUCCGGUUCAGCCGGGAGCACCUGCUGCUGAAGGACGGCGGGAUCGUGGCCCUGGACUGGGCCUCGGGGCCGGCGAGGAGAAGGUGGGAGGGGAGGAGGGAGCCCCCUGUUCUCCUGCUGGUCCCCCAGUGCUGGGGGGGGACCACCCCGCACCUGAGGAUGCUGAGUCAGCGGGCCCUGCGGCAGGGCUUCUGCGUGGUGGUGUUCCACCACCGGGGCACGGCGGGGGCCCCGCUCGCCACCGCGCGGCUGACCGAGUUCGGGGACCCGGCUGACCUACAGCAGGCGGUGGACUACGUCCACAGUCGCCACCCGUCCUCGGCGCUGGUGGCGGUCAGCGAGGGCUCGGGCUCGGGGGUCCUGCUCUCCUACCUGGGGGAAUGUGGCUCCAGCACGCCGCUGCUGGCCGCCGCUGCCCUCUCCCCCGUCCUGCUGGGCCGGCUGUGGCUGGAAAGGCCCCUGCCGCCCAUUUAUCGGUGGGGGGCGCUGUUCCACAGGAAGCUUCAGCUCAGGAGAUAUGGAAGCUCCCUCAGAGGAGUUCUGAAUGUGGACGGCGCCCUCAGCUCUUCCUCUCUCAGAGACUUUGAGGAGACUCUUUUCUGCUCUUCGGCCCAGCUCAAGCAGGGAGUUUCCACGUCUCCGGGAAGCUCCUUAAACUCCGGAUCUCCCUCCGGCCGGGGCCCUGACCCCUCAGUGGUCUGGGCACUGGGCGAGCGGGCCUACCCGGCCACGGACUGGGACGGCUACUGGGGGAGGAACGAGCCCCUGAGGGACGCCGACGAGGUGGCGGUGCCGGUGCUCUGCAUCCGCAGCAGGGACGACCCCCUCCUCCCCCCCGCCUCCACGCUCCCCCUCCCCCUCUUCCGCAGCAAUCCCUACUUCCUCCUGCUGCUGACCAACAGAGGGGGGCACUGCGGCUUCACUCUGGACGGCCGAGGGGAGACGGACCAGGGAACGAGAUGGGAUGAGGAUGAGGAGGAGGAGGAGGGGGGGCACAUCUGGAGUCACAUCACAGUUCUGGAGUACUUCAGAGUGUUGGCCGAUUUCCUGAAGGAGGGGGGGAGAGACGGGGUCAGCUGGAGGGGCCCGACGGAGCUGCACGGUCAGAGCGGUCAGAAGACCUGGACCAGCACUUUGGCGCCCGCUCGCAGGAGGAGAGCCACCUUGAUGAGGAGGAUGAGAGCACAGGAGACAGAGAACUCCACAGACGAGUCAGAGGCAGCGGGCUUCACCUGGAAGAGGUCAUACACACGCUGA